GUGGCGCGCGGCGUGAAACUUCGCUCCACGUCGCUUGCCUCGCCACCACCACCACUGCCGCCACCACCACCACCGCCGCUGUUGUUGUUGCUGUUGCUGCUCUUGCGCCGACAGCAGAGCGGGGCAGCAGCAGCUCUCGUCUCGGCGACCCGCCAACGGGGGCAGGCUGGGGGAGGCCGGGCAGCAGGCAGCCGAGACUCUCGCACGGGCACGAGACUCUUUUCUGCACCCAGGGCGGCCAUGGAAGAAAAGGAAAAGACGCUGGUGAAAAACUGGCUCUCUGAGUUCAAGGGGCUGCCGGAGGUGGCGGUGGCGGCAUAUGCCGAGAGGGUGCAGGAGAAGGCGAGCGUCGUGCCAGCGCUGUACAGCGCCAUGCGCGACAUGGGCACAGAGCUGCUGGAGCCCAUCUGCCACCAGCUGUUCGAGUUCAUCCGAAGCGGCGAGGCCGCCCUGCACAGGUUCGCGUUGCAGUUCGUGCCGGAGCUCAUCUGGCGCCACCUGUCGGCCGUGGCCCGGAGGGACAAGCCCAGCCAGGGGAGCGUGGAGGCCCUGCUCCUGGGCAUCUACAACCUGGAGACGGUGGAUGAUGAAGGAAAGCCGAAAGUUCUGUCAUUUACCGUGCCUUCUCUGUCCAAGUCGUCCAUUUACCACGAGCCAUGCAGCAUUGGCUCCCUGGCGCUGACGGAGGAAGGUCUGAGCCAGCGUGGCGCCGGCAAGGCCGUGUACGCGGACUCCUACCCACAGCGCGAGUCCAUCACGGCCCAGAACAGUUUAACAUACAAGCCUGAGCUGAGCCUGAGCAUUGGCGACCGAGCCAGAGCCGAGCAGGUGACUCAGAAUAGGGCUCUUGUUCUUGUCUCCACAGAUUUGUUGGUGGGGGCUUUUGGAGUGUCCAAGGCCGUGCUGUACAGGGCCCGGCCGGUCGUGAUCCUGGACGUGGAGCUGCAGCUGCUGCCGCAGAUGAUCAACACCGAGAGCAAGGACUGCAAGAUGCCCGGCUCGGGUGCCCCUGUGUCAUGCUUCACAGUCAAGGUCUGUCUCUCAGCGGUUGGCAAAAGUGUUCCUGCAACAAUGGAGGUAGAUUUCCAGGUGCAGCUCGACCGGCUGAAGCUGAAGGGCUCGGGGCGACGGGCCCUCUUCCUGCUGUCCCAGACGUCGCUUCACGAGCAACGGCUCAGCCUGGCCAACCGGGCCCGGCCGCACUGCGUGGCCCUGCUCGCCUUUCUCAGGGGCGAGUCGGAGUUCCGUGACAAGCUCACGCCAAUCUCCGUGGGCCUCAACCUCAGCCUGGAUGAGCAGGCGAGGCGGGGCCCUCACGGCCUCCACCCCGUCCUCCACCCCUACAGCCCGCAGCACGUCAGCAAGCAGGCCUACAUCUUGCUUGACUGUGGUGAGGACAAUGUCUGCAUCCCCAAGCUGAAGCUCUCGGUCACGUGGGACCGCAAGGCGCUGCUGGUGGGGGAGGAGAACCUGGUGACGCUGGCGCUCGUGGCACGGAACGCGGGCGAGGGCGCCUACGAGGCGGAGCUCGUCCUCGUGCUGCCCCCCGAGGCCGACUACGUGGGCAUCGUCCGCAACGAGUCGCUGACUUUGCUGAGCUGCUCCUACAAGGCUGAGAAUGCAUCCCGGAGCGUUCUGUGCGACCUGGGCAACCCCAUGGCCGGCCAGAGCAGCAUAGCGCUGGGCCUGCGAUUCAGCGUCAAGCGGCUGGAGCAAGCGGGGCCCAACGUCACGUUCGAGGUGCACGUCAGGAGGUGGGAGCCAUUGUGACGCGCAGCGGAGCACGCGCGUGCUGCGCGCACGUGACCGGACG